CAAAACCUUAUUUGAGUGAAUUUACUUUUUGGAGAUCAUUUGUCACAGCUUUUACAGAUUUAUCUUGCAAAAAUUCUCUCCACAUUUCAAAGAAAGAGGAGAGCUUUUGUUUUUGGAGGUUUCUUUCCAAUGGCUAUCAGUAUCACCACCGAGAAAAUAUCAUCAACAACACCAACCAAACACUAACCCACCCGAGAACAAGAACAAGACCCAAUGCCAUCAUGUAUUACUUAUCUUCAUCUUCUUCUUCUUCUUCUCCUCUUCCUUCUUCCUCCACUAUCUUCUUCUGUGGAUAACAACAAAGUUAUCAUCAAAGGAAACCAUACGAUUCUCAGCUUCAAAGCUAUUUUCCGGCUUGGUUUCUUCAGCACCACCAAUGGUUCCUCCAAUUGGUAUUUGGGUAUCUCUUAUGCUUCCAUGCCUACUCCCACCCACGUUUGGGUCGCCAAUCGAAUCCGACCCGUUUCUGAUCCUGACUCUUCCACUCUCGAGCUCACCUCCACGGGACACCUAAUCGUCAGAAACUCCCGUGACGGCGUCGUUUGGCGGACGGAUAACAAAGAACCCGGAACCGAUUUCCGGUUCUCUGAAACCGGGAAUCUGAUUUUGAUCAACGACGACGGAUCUCCGGUUUGGCAGAGCUUUGAUAAUCCGACCGACACGUGGCUUCCGGGGAUGAAUGUCACCGGUCUAACGGCUAUGACUUCGUGGCGGACUCUGUUCGAUCCUUCGCCGGGAUUUUACUCCCUGAGACUGAGUCCAGGCUUCAACGAGUUCCAGCUUGUUUACAAAGGAGCCACACCGUAUUGGUCCACCGGAAAUUGGACCGGAGAAGCCUUCGUCGGCGUUCCGGAGAUGACCAUUCCGUACAUCUACAGGUUCCAUUUCGUUAACCCUUACACUCCCGCGGCGUCGUUUUGGUACAUCGUCCCACCGUUGGACGCCGUUUCCGAGCCACGCCUGACGCGGUUCAUGGUCGGCGCCAACGGCCAGCUGAAGCAGUACACUUGGGACCCACAGACGCAGAGCUGGAACAUGUUCUGGCUGCAGCCGGAGGGUCCGUGCCGCGUUUACAGUCUCUGUGGUCAAUUAGGGUUUUGCAGCAGCGAAUUGCUCAAGCCCUGUGCCUGCAUCCGCGGUUUCCGGCCUAAGAACGACGACGCGUGGAGAUCUGAUGAUUACAGCGACGGAUGCCGCCGUGAAAAUGGUGAAUCCGGCGAAAUGAGUGAUACUUUUGAAGCGGUUGGUGAUCUAAGGUACGACGGUGAUGUGAAGAUGUCGCGGUUGCAGGUAAGCAAGAGCUCUUGCGCCAAAACCUGCUUGGGAAACUCUUCUUGUGUUGGUUUUUAUCAUAACGAGAACUCGAAUCUCUGCAAAAUUCUACUCGAGUCGCCGAUAAACCUGAAGAAUUCGAGCUCCUGGACUGGAAUUAGUAACGACGUAUUGUAUAUCAGAGAACCAAAAAAAGGGAAUUCAAAGGGAAACAUCUCUAAAUCCAUAAUUAUAUUGUGCAGCGUUGUUGGGUCAAUCUCAGUUCUUGGGAUUACAUUGUUGGUGCCAUUGAUUCUGUUGAAGAGGAGUCGGAAGAGGAAGAAGACGAGGAAACAAGACGAAGAUGGGUUUGCUGUGUUGAAUUUAAAGGUCUUUUCUUUCAAGGAGCUUCAAGCAGCUACCAAUGGGUUCUCGGAUAAGGUUGGACACGGUGGUUUUGGGGCAGUUUUCAAAGGAACAUUACCGGGUUCUUCUACCUUUGUGGCCGUGAAACGCUUAGAAAGACCUGGAAGCGGGGAGAGCGAGUUCCGGGCAGAGGUAUGCACCAUUGGCAACAUUCAACAUGUCAAUCUCGUUAGGCUUCGGGGUUUCUGUUCAGAGAAUCUUCACAGACUUCUCGUAUACGAUUACAUGCCACAAGGAUCCCUGAGCUCCUAUUUGUCUAGAACAAGCCCCAAAUUGCUAAACUGGGAGACCCGUUUUAGGAUCGCGUUAGGUACUGCCAAAGGGAUUGCGUACUUGCAUGAAGGAUGCAGGGACUGUAUUAUUCACUGUGAUAUCAAGCCGGAGAACAUUCUUUUGGACAGCGAUUACAACGCCAAAGUAUCUGAUUUUGGCUUGGCUAAGCUCCUUGGCCGUGACUUCAGCAGAGUUCUAGCCACAAUGAGAGGGACAUGGGGCUACGUGGCUCCUGAAUGGAUAUCAGGUUUGCCCAUCACAACAAAAGCUGAUGUGUAUAGCUUUGGAAUGACAUUGCUGGAGCUGAUCGGUGGUCGAAGAAAUGUCAUUGUUAAUAGUGAUACACUGGGAGAGAAAGAUACAGAACCAGAGAAAUGGUUCUUUCCGCCAUGGGCAGCCCGUGAAAUCAUACAAGGAAAUGUGGACUCUGUGGUUGAUUCUAGACUCAACCGAGAAUAUAACAUGGAAGAGGUGACGAGGAUGGCAACGGUAGCGAUAUGGUGCAUACAAGACAAUGAAGAGAUAAGGCCAGCGAUGGGAACGGUAGUGAAGAUGCUUGAAGGAGUUGUGGAGGUGACGGUUCCUCCACCGCCUAAAUUGAUACAAGCUCUUGUCUCCGGCGAUUCAUACAGAGGAGUGAGCGGCACAACCUGUAGCGAAAGUCGUGGCUGUUCGGAUCUCAACACUGGAUUGUCUAGCCCUGGCUCACGGUCGUCUUUUGGUAGACCUUCUCCUUGAUCAAUUUUAAGAUGAUUUGGUCAAAACCGGGCCUUAAAUGCUUUAAGUUUUGCCCUCUAAGAGGGUUUAAUUAGUUUAAACUGUAUUUGUUGGGUUGUAUGAGAUUGAAGCCUUAAUUUCUCAUUUCCCAUUCAAAAAGGGAUGAGUGUUAGUCAAGCAUACAUGACCACCAUAGAUUUAACACAGUCA